CUUCCUUAACCCUAGCCACAUUGGGAGCAAAAUCAACAGCUAAGAGCAGCGGGUAACCCCUCUUUACUUCUCGUCAUCGUUUAGGUCUUCCAUUUCCCUGAGUGAAGAGUGGGUUUCCCUCUCUGCGUCGUUAAGAUGAAUCGGGAAAAAUUGAUGAAGAUGGCCGGUUCAGUUAGAACCGGUGGAAAGGGCACAAUGAGGAGAAAGAAGAAGGCUGUCCACAAGACAACCACCACAGACGACAAAAGGCUUCAGAGCACCCUCAAAAGAAUAGGCGUUAACGCCAUCCCCGCCAUCGAGGAAGUUAACAUCUUCAAGGAUGAUGUUGUUAUCCAGUUUCUAAACCCCAAAGUUCAAGCAUCCAUUGCUGCUAAUACUUGGGUUGUUAGUGGUGCCCCACAAACAAAGAAGUUGCAGGAUAUUCUCCCCAACAUUAUCCACCAAUUAGGACCAGAUAACUUGGAAAACCUAAAGAAGCUAGCGGAACAGUUUCAGAAGCAGGCUCCUGAGGCAGGUGCUGCUUCAGCCGCGGCACAAGAGGAGAAUGAUGACGACGUCCCAGAGCUUGUUCCCGGGGAGACUUUUGAGUCAGCUGCUGAGGAGGCCAAGGCUUAGAAGAGUUUUGUUGUGCAAUCAUUAUUAUAUAUCUCCUAUGUUUGUUAAAUCUUUUUCCCCCCUAGUUACUCAAACUUUAGUAAUUUGAGGCAUUGUUUAGUUCUCCUGUCAUACACUUCAAUUACCUGUUAAAUUAAAUCUGCUUUGCCUAAUCUAGGGAAAAAGCGUUUGGC